AACAGUCAAUUCCAACUGAACCCAUAACAUUAACAAUUGUUUAAGUCCUAAAUAUUCUGUUAGUUAUGAAUUCAAGGAGUUUGGACACUUUUGUGUGKCUUCUGAAGUGGAGUGUUUUAAGGAUUUUGCCUGUAGGACAUUAAGACUUUUGCAAACUAGACAGAAACAUGUUUUUUUAUCUUAUUGUGAACAAUUUUAAUUAUUUUUCUUGUUUUUUUGUGUGACAUGUCUUCGCAGUUAACAGAGUGAAAACUACCAGAGUGUUCCAUUUCUUGAUAAGACAUGUGUCUCGUAUUUUCACAAUGUCCUCGGUCAUUUUGGAUUAGGCCUAUAUGUAAAAGCCGCAACCAAAUACAAAACGUCAGUAGUUUGAGAGACCUGUAAAUUUACUGCAGGUGGUAUCACGGUCAUUUUUUAUGUUUUUUUUUCCGAAGUUACAUAAAACAUUGUGCAGAUUUUGUGCAGUGUAGUUAGAUGAACUCUUAGGGCCGCUGUUGGCCAGCGUGUGAAUGAAUGUGUGGGAUAUAAUAGCUGCACCUCCUGUGGAACAUCCACAUUAUGAAGACGGAGCAUAAAGGCGACAGAGCUCACACAGUAMUUCUGUGAAAUUUAGACGAAAAUCUGGGAUCACAACUUAGCUGUGUGGAAUAUAUACGUGUAAAACAGAGAGCUAAACGUCGGAAGGUUGUUUUUUUUUUAUGUUUUGCAUGAAUAUACAUAUUUUGGAACGUCGCUGAGAGACCACUCGGAUAGAACAAUGGACGGACAAAUGCUGCUGUGUUUUACCCUCUUUUUCUUUUCCUCCGUAAACGGACAGAUCAGCUACACGAUACCAGAAGAAAUGAACACAGGAUMUCUUGUCGGUAACAUAGCUCAGGAUUUAGGUUUGGAUAUUAAACGUUUUGUCUCGGGUAAGGCUCGCAUUUAUGCCCGAAACAGUGGAGAUUACAUAGAGCUGAGCAGAGACAGAGGAGUCCUCCUGGUUAAAGAACGGAUCGACAGAGAGGCGCUCUGCAAACAGACGACGCCCUGUGCUUYACAUUUUCAGAUCAUUUUAGAAAACCCGAUGGAGUUUUACAGUGUUACAGUUCAGAUCACAGAUAUUAAUGACAACGCACCGACAUUCCAGAAAGAGAAAACUGAAUUUAAAAUCAGUGAAUCAGCGGUGAUUGGAUCCAAAUUUGUGCUGGAAAGAGCUGUGGAUCUGGAUGUUGGAACUAAUGACCUUCAGAGGUAUGAAUUAAAACCAACUGAUAACUUUGCUCUAAAGCUGCAGAAYAAUGCAAAUGGUCAAAUAAAUAUAGAGAUGGUGCUGCAGAAAYCUUUAGACAGAGAACAACAGGAGCAGAUAAAUCUGGUGUUAACAGCUGUAGAUGGAGGAGAGCCGCAGAUGUCAGGAACCAUGCAGAUURUUAUUACAGUGUUAGAYGYWAAUGAUAAUGCUCCUGUUUUUACACAGAAAACAUACAAAGCUACAGUUACUGAAAACUCCUCUAAAGGGACAGUUGUUGCUACAGUUUCAGCUUCAGAUGCAGAUGAAGG